AUGUUGAUAGCGCGAUUAAGGCUUCGGUGUGUUUACGCUUGUGGCGCGACGACAGCGCCGCUACACGAAUAUCAUGACGAUGACGAUGACAAUGAUGAUGACGAUGAGGAUUAUGGUCAUGAUGACGAUGACGAUGACGAUGACGAUGACGAUGAUGAUGACAAUGGUGGUGAUGAUGAUGACGAUGACGAUGAUCAUGAUGAUGACGAUGAUGAUGAAGAUGAAGAUGACGAUGAUGAUGAGGAUGAUGAUGAUGAUGACGAUGAUCAUGAGGAUGACGAUGAUGAUGACGAUGAAGAUGACGAUGAUGACACUGAUGAUGACGAUGAUAAUAAAGUUGAUGAUGUCGAUGAUGAUGAUGAUAAUGAUGAUGAUAAUGCAUGA